UUUGCGCUCUUCAGACAGCACGACUCUGUAUAACCCAUCACGUCAUUAGAAAUCACCUCUACAGACGUCUUUACUCUCUGGAUUACGCGAUUCACCAUCAAAACGCGACAUCUUAAAGGAUUUGAGUCCACUGAAGGGUCAUUUCCUGUCAGCAUGGUGCUGCUGUAGUGGAGAGGAACAUCACCACCAGUCACUCACCAUGCUUCAGUUACACACCAGCUGCAGGCCUGUCUGGCUCAUCUGUUCUCUCCUUGGCCUUUCCGUGGUACACACUCAGGCCCAAAAUGUCCUGACUGCACCCGAACAGGUGAGCCUGUCACCCAACAUGACAACGCAGCAAAUAUCCAUAUCAUGGCUGGGAGGCGGCUCUACAAUGUUUGACGUCAUGAUCCUCAGGACGGAACUCAAUGAAAGUGUCUUCUAUGACACGCUGCCUGUGACUGUAAAUCAGUCAACUGGUCGGUACGAGUGGAAUUGGACCUCAGCAGAACCUCUGGAAUGUACUUCGUUGUCUGUCCAAAUUCGCUCAAGAGAAGGGCAGACGACGAGUGAAUGGAGCGACACGCAUAUCCUCCAAGGAGAAGAUCUGCCCACCAAUAGGAAGUUCAAGAUGUACCCAGUGGACAGAGCUGUGGUUGCGGGGGACAGCACCACUUUCUGUUGCAUUGUGGAAGAAGGGCGGCACUUUGGUCGCGUAACUUACGGCAACACAGUCGUGAACGCCACCCGGCUCAGUCGGCGAAGUUACGGCUUCACAGUGGCCAACCAGUCGCCAUCCAACAGCUCCAGCUCGGGGACCAAUGUCGUCUGCUGGGACAGCGUUGACAAGAAUAAGCUGUCUGGAACCGUGGUCUUUGUUGGAUAUCCUCCACUGCUCAGUGAUUUUUUUUGUGAGACUCACGAUUUGACGUCAGCUGUGUGCCAGUGGAGGAGAGUGCGAGACACCAGAUUGUACGGCAGUAAGCGGCGAACAGUCUACUCACUAAACGACAGGGAAUGUGCGAAACAAACCAUUUCGGAACAGCCCAUUACUUGUAGCGUGGCGCAGUGGGAGGGCAACUGGACGCUGGAAGCUGUGAAUCCUUUGGGCCAGUACAGCAUGUCAGACUCUGCUGAAAUCCGGCACAGAGUGCGGCCAGUGGCACCUCAAAAUAUAAGCACUGUCGUCCGUGCAUGGAAUGCCACCAUGUUCUGGAAGUGGGAAUAUGACAGCUAUACUUCCCUGGCUCUGGUCUGCCAGGUAGAGCUCAGUUCUCAAGAUAAUAAAACAAAGCGCACCUUCACAGGCGUCGGCCUGAGAACGGUGAGUCUUCUGGACCUGUAUCCUGAUGAGGAUUACAGUGUUAGAGUACACUGUGGUGCCCAGAAAAAUUUCUGGAAGUGGGGAAACUGGAGUAAACCCUAUUCUUUCAGAACAAAUAUAGAUGUUCCAGCUGCUCUAGAUGUGUGGAUGCACAUCAACAAUGACAACACUGGUCUGAUUCUUUGGAAGCCUCUGACAGCAAGAGAAAGCCACGGUCAGCUUACAUCUUACGAGGUGACACUCUGGAGCCCAGAGGAGAACCUGCAGCACACUGAAACUCUUCCUCCAGACACCACCAUGCUGCCGAUCAACCUCACCCAAAUAACCGCUUUCAGCAAUGACAACGAGGUCAUGGCAAGUGUCAUCGCCAAAAACGCUGCAGGGGGCUCUCCACCUGAAAGUGUGGCUGUACCUCUACAUCUCACAGAUCAGCAUAAUAUUGCUGUGUCAAGGGUCGUUUAUAUGGACAGUGGUUUCCCCCUGGUCUGGCAGAAUGAUGGCAACACGAGCUGUGGUUAUGUAGUAGAAUGGCAUGACGCUUGCUGCCAGCGAGACUGCCCAGUGGAGUGGCUCAAACUGUCCACGGGAAACACAAAUGUCUCUAUUGAAUCAGCCAACUUCCAGCCGGGUGUGAGGUACAACAUCUCCCUGUUCACCUGCACAUUAGAGCUGUUGCAGCACUGGCAGGGCUUCACGCAAGAGCUGGUCCCGUCCAGGUCUGUCCCCAAACUACAAAUCAGUCAGCAGGACUCUGAUGUUAUCUUGACGUGGGGAAGCAUCCCUCUGGUCAGCAGGCGAGGAUACGUCCUGGGUUACAAUGUUUACAUGAGUAAUGACUCCCAGCUUGUGAAACUAGCCAAUCUAUUAGGACAAGGAAGCAGGAAGCACACAAUUAAAGGUCUCUCGGAGGGCCCAUAUAAAUUCACAGUCAAAGCCUAUACCUCAGCAGGCGAGGACACGGGCGCCACCAUCUCCAUCACUGUGGAGACCCUUGCUGAUUGGCUCAUCCUGGAAAUACUGGCCUCUCUGGGUCUCUCAACGUUAUUGUUAGCCAUUGUCACUGUUCUUUGCUAUAAGAAACGUAAAUGGGUAAAGACAGCAUUCUAUCCGGACAUCCCUCAGCCUAAACUGAACGAUGACUGGACCAGAACACAGGGACCACUGGAUGUGACGUCAUCUCCCCACAAUAUGAUCCAUGUUGAGGAAAAGCCAGAAUUCAACUCAAUGAAAGAAGUGCUUGUCGGCAUUCCAGAAGAGGACGAGGAGGAAGAGGAGCAGAUGAUACGAGACGAGCCGGUGGACACAGAUGAGCCCACUUCAUUAUGCUACUACAACCAGAUGAUUGAUGAACGUCCCAUAAGGCCACGUUUCCCGGACUCCUCUGAUUCUUCUGGGUCUUCACUGGACUCGGGUAACACUGAUGUAACUUACACAGGGAUCCAGACUUCAGCGUCAUCUUUGGUUUUCCCGACGGAUCAUCAGUGCGCCUCCGAAGGGCACCAGGUCGAAAUGUCUAUGGGUGGAGAUGGUUACCGCCCUCAGACGCAAACAACAGCAUCAAGCGACGAAGCACUUCUGACGCAUUCUCCCCAUGAGCCCCAAACUGCCAGCUCUGGGGGCUACAAACCCCAGAGCUCCUGGCAUUUGGACUCACCUGUGGAGUCUGGGGAACGGGAAUGCCUGGCACCUAACUUGGGGUCGCCCACCUCUGUGGCUUCCACCCAGUUCCUCCUCCCUUACGACGAGUCAGAGGAGCACCGAGAGGAGAAACAUCAGCAGUCGUCUUCUGCGACAAGCUGGUUCACCAACCUGCUGACCUCCACAAAACCAUGAUAUUCUCCACAAAACCAUGAUAUCCUCUCAUUGGUAGCUGCAACAGGUUGAGCUAACACUUUUACAUUCAUUACCAGUGACAUGCAGCAAACAAGCUUCACAGGACAAAAUAUAAUUUCCAUUUGGAUGUAGCAGUUUGCACUGUGACCACAGGUAUAUAAUAUGAACACACAGGGCCUGAUCUGCUAAGAUCCAAAUACCACGCGCAAAACAGCUUGUGCAAAUUCUAAAAUUGCAUGUACUAUUAGUGGGCGUGUUGCGUGUGAUCUAGUAAGACUUCGUAUGCAAUUGAAAAGUGGUGCAAACCGUCUUAUUUAAAGGAGGUUUUUGCGCGUACUACAAAGCUUUCACCAUGGAGACACUAAUUUAGUGCACAUUCAUGUUAUCAUGCUACCGGUCGCAUUUUGCUAUGUUUUAAAACAUGUAGCAGACCACUGUGUGCCACAUUUUCCUGCCGUUUUAGAAGCAGUCCUGCUGUGCGAUCUACAAUGAAACACACUUUUUUAGUGCACUGAAGGUGCGCUCAUGGGAGAGGCUGGCACUAACUGCCAGCGUGCACUAGAAUGUUACAGACGCAGGUAGAUUUAUAUUGCAAAAAGUUGUUUUCAUAUAAAUGAAAAAAAGCAAAAGUCACUAAAAAAAAACGCCAACCAAAACACAUCCAUUAAAUUUGUUUUAAUCAGUCCCUUAAAGCAUACUUGUCAACCCUGCCGAUUUUCCCGGGAGACUCCCGAAUUUCAGUGCCCCUCCCGAAAAUCUCCCGGGGCAACCAUUCUCCGGAAUUUCUCCCGAUUUCCACCCGGACAACAUAAUUGGGGGCGUGCCUUAAAGGCACUGCCUUUAGCGUUCUCUCUCACCUGAAAAGGAGACUAUUAUAUAUGUCUCCGUUAUCCAUAGGUUUAUCUAUAACCCAUAAAGUAGGCAGGCACGGAGCUAUUUCUCAGCGUGUGUUUAUUCCAGCCGGCACGUUAAUACACUGACACACAACAUCCGGAUUCCCAUCAUGCAUUGCUUCAAAACUACGGCAAGUAGUAAUGUCCAAAAACAUAACAGAGACGAAGCAGAAGAACGAAGAAGAGACAUGGCAACGACGAGUAAAAAGAAGAAGUACGCUUGCAAGUUCCAAAAUGAUUGGAAAAAAUAAUGUCAGUUCAUCCAGGACAGCUCGAAGGGGAAGGGGUAUGCUGCCCCCCCAUCUCCCAAAUUCAGGUUGGCAAGGUUGGCAAGGUUGCCUUAAAGAGGCCGUAUUAUGAUUUUUUUCUAGAUUUAAAACACUUCCUUGUGGUCUACAUAACAUUUAGUGGUGGUUCUUUGGUCAAAAUGUAGCACAGAUGAUGUUUUAUAGACAGUCUUCAAGCGGCUUACUGACCGUCUCUUCAGACUGUGCUGUUUUGCGGGUGGUCUUCGACUGAUUUUCCCCACGCUCACUUUGUUGUAGUUUUUAGCGCUUCCAUAUUGCUUCUACUGACAGGUAUAAGUUAAAACUAUACCCUACUUUCUAUUGGAAAUGGCAACAGCGGAGGUUGCAUGUACUUGCGCGAGCCAGUCUGCCUCACAACAGAACAGAGAAAAAUAAAUAACUUAUUGACUACAGCGUGGACUACAACGGCGGAAACACGCAAGGCAGUGGAUGUCACACACUGCUAAAACAUCACAAUAGGAGCAAAACUCCAAACAGCUCGUUUGUCGGAAGUAGUAAGGGAAGAAGGCAAUAUUAUUAAUAUCCCGGCAAUGCUUCCACAGUUUGAUUUCAAAUUUUCGGGACUUUAGAGAUCCCAAAUAGACCACAGCAGGUACCUAUAGAUAAGAAAAGUUGGUUUUGCAUAAUAGGGCCCUUUUUAGCCAUUCAACAGCUAUAAAAUUAUAAAAUUAUAUUGCUGAAUAGACAAUUAGUCUAAUAUUUUCAUUUUUGAUUAUCCAUAAAUGAUGACAAGCUUACAUCAUUUUUGCUGCAGCGCCUCCUUUCUCACAGCUAUUUCUGUGCAACCGCCAGUGUGCAUGCACAUUCAGACAGGCUAAAUAAAGACCGGUCCUGCAGAACAGUUUUAGUCUUGAUAAAUCACAUUGCAUAUGCUAAAUAAUUGUAUUUGCGUCUUCUCCUCCAAGUAUUGUGGCCGUUCUUAUGCUCAGAUCAGCAUAUAUUCUGCAUAUACUGUACAAAUAGACAGACAAGCUAACUGGAUUGCGCUCCCUAUUUUGCUCACUUAAGCGAUGCAAUCCUCUGCACAUAAGCUUACUAGGUCAGUUUUGCGUGCACUAUCGAGUUUGCACGUGUUUUAAUACACGCAAAUCUUUAGUAGAUCAGGCCCAUACUGUAUUUCCUCAUAGUGGCCAAGAACAUUUCUUUACCCAACCCCAGAGUACCAGUCAUUUUUUUGGGUUAAUACAUAAACUAAUGAUGUUUAAUCAUUUAUCAAUAUUAAAUAUUAUAUAUUUUAUUGAUGGUAGACACUACUUACUUUCUCUCCAAGCCCUGGUUAAUUGCUCUUUAAACUUCACGGUAAAAUUCAGCUUUACAGAUGCCACACCUGCUGUGCAGGCGGUGUGUGUUGUGGUAAAUGUGGCACAAAACGGUAUCAGACAUAAGUAAUCGCUGUCACUUUUUUUGGUGUUAUAAAGUAAGUGUCUAUUCAAAAUGAGGUGUUGAUUUACCCUGACGAUUAACUGAGUCACGGCAUACAGUAUGUCAGCGUGGAGGCCACUAUUUGAGGAAAUCUGGUGGCUUUGUGGGCAUUUAGCACUGGCGCAAUGUUGUCUUUCAAUGGUGCAGCUUUUAGUUUGUAUUUGGUUUUCUGCUACUCUUUGUUAUGUGAAUAAGAAUACGCUAAUGAAACUGAAAGUAAGAGCAUUUCAAAUCAAAAAUAUUUCCAGAUAAACACUACAAAGGAAAGUUUUUAUUUUUUAUUUUUUUAAUGUCUUGUUAUGUUGUCUUUGAGUGGCUCUCCCUGGAUGAGCUAUUGUUGCGAUCCGAUGCACUUUGUAAUGAGUCAUUAUUUUACACGCGAUCAAGAGGUGAUAUAUUUUAUGCUCUGGAAUUGUCUGGAUGAUGAUGACACUGAUGAUAUAAGCUAGAACAUGAACCCAUGUACUGAACAAAUCAUGUUAAUUUUAAAUGUUUACAUUUUUCUUUUAUCUUUAAUCUUUAGUUUCCAUGUACAUAUUUUACAGGCCAGUCUUUUUUUUUUUUAAAUUCAUGUCACAUGUACAAUGUUACCUGUUAAUGUACAAUUGUAAAUGCUUCCAUUAGUCACCUUUCCCACACUGCCUUGCUUCUUAAAUGUUCACUGUAGGGGGAACACUGUCCCACAGAGAACAGAACAUAAAUUUAUGAAGAUAUAGACACUACCAAUUAUGCAAUCUUUUUUUGGCAUCUCUAUAUUCCCCUCAUAAGGAUCCAGGAAUGUUGUUACGCUUUGAUUAUUAUUCAAUUGCAUCAGCGCAGUGGUUCCUAAACUUUUUUCACCAAGUAAGUACCACCUCAGAAAACACUUGGCUCUCCAAGUAUCAACAGUAAAAUACAGUAGCAUAGUAGGCCUAAAUGUUCAUUAAAACACAGUAGAGGUUUUGUAUGCAUACUUAAUAUGUUUGGCAACUGUAACAUUACACACAAUUUGAACAGUAACACUGUGUUGGAAUAUUUAAUGAAGUGAUUAUUUGGCGUGCCACAGUUUGGGAAUCACUGCAUUAGUGCAUAUAGUUGGAGUUUUUACAUAAUUUUAGAAGUCCUUCUGACUUCAUACUUGUGUUUCUCAGUGCCUUCAGCAGACAAGCUUUAAGUACAACUACUGUGACUACAAAAACGUGGAUGGAACUGGAUGAUGACAAUGCUGGUGGACUUUUCAGGCAGUCCUUUUUUGACUACUGAGACAAUAACCCCCUUCUCCUCCUCUGAGCAAUGCUGUUUUUGUUUUGCAGAAAUAUUGAUUGACUGGAUUUAAUCCAAAAGAUACAGUGGAUGGUCAAGCCAGUAAGAGAUCAUAUGAAAUAGAGGUUUUUAAAUCUGCUAAGCUAACUUCACUUAUGGUUAAAGGCAAAAUGAAUAUUUUUUUAGUUCUGCAUAAAAUAUGCUGCAUAAAAUAAUUUUUUCGUCAAAUUUGGGAGGCCUCAGCUGUAUUAUAUUCUUGGAAGGGAGGUCACACUUUUUAAAAAGCGUGAAAGACUGGAUAUAGUUUUAAGGAUUUAAACAUGGCCAAACGUUUGUUUUUCCAUUUUUAAAUCCAGGUAGGGUGUUUUUCUAGAGUUUAUGUUCAUUUGUGUUUACAGAUAUCGCUCUGUACGAAACUUUGCUGACACAGGAAAUGAUAUUGUUCAACUAACAGACUUACUUGUGACUUGUCAACUUCCCGAAGAAUCGAAAUGUUUGCAUUGAUGGUUGAAAAUAUUGUGAUCUUGUCUUCCGAUGAUGGUUUAUUUUUUAGCCGCUAUCACAGCAUUGUGACAUUCAUAUAUCAGGGUAUGCACAGACACACACACACACUCCCUGAUUUGUAAACGCAUGCUGCAAAAACCUUAUCCCUUGUGAUUUUUCGAAGCUUUAAAACUAACUAACUAAUGCAGUGCAUGACUAUGACUAAAUGUGCGCCAAUAAAUGCUUUAAAUGCUUACGAUAUUGCAUAGAUUAGUCAUUCUUGUAUCAUAGUCGUCAUUCCUAAUGAACGAGGCUGUGUGUUUCUUCUGAACCAAUGCUCAAUGUUAACACUAAUAACUAACCGAAAUAUUACUGAUGUAAACAAUAAAAACGAAUUUGUCUGGCCACGUGUUUGUGUUAUUCCCUCUGUUUUUUUA